AUGUCUCGCAAGCGUGCGCGAUCGUCGGCCGCCGACUCCUCCGCGUCGACGCGUGACAGACCCGUGCACGUCGGAGCCGGGCUCCUUCCGCAGCGCCCGGAGGUCAUUCAAAAGUUCCGUGACGGCGACCUCUGCGACGUCGAGCUUCAGCCAGCCUACGGGCCAGCCGUGCGGGCACACAGAAUCAUCCUGGUCGGAGUGAGCCAAUACUUUAAGGCGCUCUUCUCGGGCACGUGGUCGGGAAGCGGUUCGCACGAUCUCUCUGCCCUCUCUCCCGCUUGCCUCCACGCCUGCCUCGAGUUUGCGUACACCGGCGAGGCGGAGGUGGCGGAUGAGGCGGCGCUUUCCGAGUUGGUUGAGGGCGCAUCGUACUUGCAGAUGGACGAGCUACUGGUCUCAGCGUCGGAGGCGUACGAGGCGCGCCUCUCCGCAAAAAACGCCCUCGCCGUCUGGCAGCUUGCAGAGGCGAUCGGGCGGCUGCCGCGGCUCGCAGAGGCGUCAGCCUGGGUGGCGAGAGUAAACUUUGGCGAGGUCGCGAGCGACGAGGCAUGGGCGUCGGCGCCAGCGUGGAUCGUUCGCUCGCUGCUGGAGGACGAUGGGCUCCACGCGAGCGAGGAGGAGGUGUACCGCGCCGGCGUGGCGUGGGUGAAAGCGCGCGAUCCCCCGCUCAGCGAGACGGAGGUGGCGGAGCUGCUGGCGAGGGUGCGGUUUGCGUUGCUGCCGCCGGCUUUGCUCCCAAAGAUGGCGUCGUUGGCGCGGCGGAGGGCGUUCUUGCUGACGAGAGCCCUCCUCCUCCUACUCGCUUCCACCCGCUGCGCGGAGCAACCUCCGGCGGAGGAGCAGGAGCAGCUCUGGGAGAGCGCGCGACGGGCGCUCAAAAAGGGCCUGCACAACAAGGCUUUUGAGGCGUACUCGUCUCUGUCAAAGUCGCUCGGCCCACCGGACGCAGUGCACUGGGAAAAGCAUCCGGACAAACGGCUGGAGCUGCAGGAGGGGCUCUGCCUCUCGGCGGCGCGCCUGCGCAAGGAGCAGGUUGCGAUCGGCGCUUGCGAAGCCGCGGGAGGGGCGGUGCGCGGUGGCAAGAGGGCGUCAGUGGGGAUGCUAAUGGCGCUCGGAGAGGCCAAGUUCUUCGACGGGAAGUGGGAGGAGGCCGGCGCGUACUUUGCGCAGGCUGAGGCGCAGGCGCGGCGCGGCGACGCGGUGAAGCAGGAGCGCGAGGCGGCCGAGGCGCGUGGCCGUGCAGAGGUUCGGAUGUUUGUCUCGUUUGGGCGGCAGCGGGGCCGUCCCGCGGCGACUUCGCUGCUGUCCAAGAGCCGGAAGAAGGUUGAGGAGGCGCUGGUCGAAUGCGCCGCGACCGCCGCGUGCAAGGCGGUGCCUCCCGGCACGGCCAGCAGCGGGCCGCUCUACGUGCGAGACGCGCAGACGCGCUACCUCCGCCUCGCGGGCAGCCCUCUCAAGAGCCGCUUCCUGCCCCACCCGAGCCCGCGGCUGGGCGGGCGCCAGCCAAUGCAGGCGAUGAGUUUGUGCGACUCGGAGGCAGCCACGCACCCGUGCGCCGCCUUCGUGGUCGAGGUCGGCGGCGGCGGCGGCGCGACGCCGCUCUCUGCGGGGUCGGUGUUCCGAGUCUCGUUUUGGAAGCCGCUGCCGCGCCUCACGACAGCCACCGCGGGCGUGGAGCUGCCGGAGGUGCUCUCGUUUGUGCGGCUGCCGGAGGAGGCGCCGCAGCAGCAGCAGCAGCAGUCGCAGCAGCAGCAGCGGCGUGAGCGGAAGCAGCAGCAGCAGCAGCAGUGGCAUCAGCAGCAGCAGCAGGCUCGGGGGCAGCGGGGGCGGGGCGGGGGCCGCUUCCCGCAGCAGCAGCAGGCGCCGAAGCAAAAGGUGCGCGACUACUACGCGAUCCUCUCGGUCAAGAGAGGGGCGAGCAAGCGCGAGAUCAAAAAGGCGUACCACGCGGCGGCCAAGCGGUGGCACCCGGACAAGAACCGGGCGGAGGGGCAGGAGGCGCGGCUCGAGAAGGCAGAGCGCAACUUCAAGCUCAUCGCGCGCGCGUACGAGGUGCUCUCCGACCCCGACACCCGCGCCGCCUACGACCGCGGCGAGAACGUCGACGACCCAAAGUGGGCGCAGCGGCAGUCGGCGCAGCAGGAGGCGCAGCGGCGAGGCGGGAACGUGCGCUUCAACGCCGGCCCGCAGGGCCAGCAGCAGUUUCAGCGCAAGGGCGGUCGAGGCGGAGGCGGCCAGCGUCGGGGCCCGCGGACCUUCCACUUCUAGCGGCUCCAGAGCGUCGUCCGCUAAACCCUCUAGUCCGGGCAGUUGGAUCUCGGUUGAUCCUGAACUAUGUGAACAAUGUGAACAAUGUGCCAUCGCUGGAUUUCUUCUCGUUUCUAUAUCAAUAAUCAAAUAUAGCUC